GAUUGCCAUCAGCGAAAUUGUUUUAGACUGUCGCAGAGCAACAAAAUGCAAUGAUCACUGGUAUCCAAUGCCGAAACUCGGAUACUCGAAAUCGCGCAAUGGUUGCCAAAGAUGCAGACAGCGUAGGGUGAAGUGUGAUGAAGCGCGACCUCAAUGCAGUGCUUGCGUUCGGCACAAAGUCACAUGCAGUUUUGUCGCAGCACAAGCAAAUCCUGGUGCUCACCAUGAAUCGAGUGUGCAGAGAGCUUCCGUAACCUCUGCAGAGUUCAACUCGAGCUCGACGGAAUCUGAGCGAAAAGAACCUGACGCAUACUCUCAGUAUGGCAGGUCAGCAUCUGUUAAUAUUGGGGGAUCUCCGGCCAUAUUGAAUGAAUCACCUUUGCUUCCAGCACCUCGAUCGGACCCAUUUCCCCUUUUCUCCAAAUAUGUCCUGCCCCAACACGCAGAACGUCAAGACAAGACGCCGUGGGUGACGGAUUUGGAGUUGAUGCAUCACUACAGCACAACGACUUGUUUCACCUUUCCUCGAGGCCAGGAGGUCGGCCACAUUUGGCAGUCCGCAGUUGUGGAGCUUGCAUUAAAGCACGUGCCUCUUCUGCAUCAAGUUCUCGCUAUAACAGCAUCACAUCUGGCUUAUUUGCGUCCUCAUCAAAGGCAGUCGUACGCUUUAGUUGCUUCUCAGCAUCAGAGUGAUGCUGCUAGAGGAUUACGAGGCGCCCUUGCCCAAAUCACAUCAGACAAUUGUCAUGCUUCCUUCGCAGGCGCCUCACUCUUGGUGAUCGGUGCCUUUGCUGCUGCUGCCUCCUCUAACAGCAACACCCACAGCGCUAAACAUCAGCCAACUAUGGCGGAUAUGCUUGAUGUCGUUCUCUUAACAAGGGGUAUGGCCGCUGUUCUACAUUCUUCAGAGCCUACCAUUCAACGAGGGCCUUUUGCCGACCUUUUCAUGCAGAUGACAUACAGUGCACCACAGAUUUUCUUGGAGGCUGUUUGUGGAAAGUUGCAUGAGCUAAGCAUUAAAGUUCUAGAAGAUCAUUCCAUUGAUCAAGAUACUGCACGCAUUGUCAACUUCGAAAUUCAUAACUUGAUCACUUGUAUCAAGGACCAGAUACACAAGGCGGCAGUACCUGUCCUAAGAAUACUCACUUUAUGGCCAACCGUUUUAUCUGACGACUUCCUCGGUCUUCUUAACCGCAAAAUCUCACCUGCCCUUGUCGUGUUCACAUAUUACUGCGCUAUAACGCAUGAGUGUCAGGCAUUUGCCUGGUAUACAAGUGGAUGGGGUAUCAGUGUUGCCAGAGAUGUGGAACGUUAUAUUCAAGAGCCGUGGGCGGAUAUAAUCCGAUGGCCAAUGGACUGCAUGAGUUUGCAGCGAGCCGCUUGAUUCUUGUAAACCUAAUUUGGCAGAUGUUACCACUAUCACUUGAAUUACACAUUGGCAUUUAUGAGAUCUAACAAUUCAAGAUUUUAGGCACAUACUGUAUUUCACCUAGCGAUAAGAUUUUCUAGUCCUCCCAACCUGCCAAACUCAUAGAUUUUGGGCUCUGAAAUACAAAUAUGGGUGUG